UGGCGGCCAGCAGGGCCGCGCCAUUCUCGGAUUUACUUUUCGCCAUGAAAGUCACCGCCGCUGUGUUGUCGAUCGCCACGGCCAAGGCCAAGGUGUCUGUCGACGUCUUGCGGUCAUUGGAAGUGAGCGACACAACUGAUGUGUUGAUCGGGUUCGUUGGCCCCAACUUGGACAGCGUGCAGGAAGCUGCACCCCAAGACCGCCGCCAGGCUGUGUUCGACCGCUUGACCGCGCACUCCGUCAAGAUGAAAACCGAAUCCGCGACGGUGCUUGACUCGGGCAACUGCAAGCACUACUGGAUUGCAUCCGCCGCCGUCUGCCGUGGUUUAACCAAAGCCCAGGUUGAAGAAGUGUCCCGACUUCCUGCCGUCAAGACUAUCCAAACGCCUGAUGAUGUGCACUUGAUUUCCCCCAUUGUGAAGGAAGGCUCGUCGAUCCAAGGCGACGUCAACUCGACGGUGCCGCAGUGGGGCAUCAGCACGAUCGGUGCCCCCGCCAUCUGGAAGUACUUCAAGGGCAAGGGCGUCGUCGUCGGCUCCAUUGACACCGGUGCCGAGUACCGCCACGAAGCCAUCAAGAACAAUUGGCGUUCGAACAAGGGAUGGUUCAACCCGUACAAUGGCACAGCCAUUGAGUUUCCCGUCGACUCGGCCCAACAUGGCACUCAUACCAUCGGUACCAUGGUUGGUGGCAACGGCAUCGGUGUCGCCCCGGAGGCCCAAUGGAUCUCGUGCAUGGGGCUGUACAUCAACUCGGGGUCGUCGGAAGCGUUGAUGGAGUGCGGUCAAUUCAUGCUGUGCCCCACUCGCCUCGAUGGCACGCACCCUGAAUGCAAGCUCGGUGCGGACGUCAUCAACAACUCGUGGGGCUCCAACCGCGGGUACAAUCCAGUCUACGAAGGCAUGAUCUCGUCUUGGCGCGCCGCCGGCAUCACCCCUGUGUUCUCGAACGGGAACUCGGGCCCUGCCUGCGCCACGACGGGGAACCCCGGCAUGUAUUCGCGCGUCAUUUCAGUCGGUGCGAUCGGUUCGUAUGAAAAUGACCCGACCCAGUUGGCAUUCUUCAGUUCCAAAGGUGUCGUGCACUACACAGACUACCAGAACAAGACCGUCACCCUCGUCAAGCCCGACAUUUCGGCCCCUGGUUUCUACACCCGAUCGGCCGAUGCUCUCAAAUUGGAUGGGUACCUCGAAAUGGCCGGGACGUCGAUGGCCGCUCCCCACAUUGCUGGUGUCGUCGCUUUGUUGAAGAGCGCUCAAUCUGACUUGACCUACGACGAAAUCUACAACUACUUGACCAAGACCGCGGACCGUGACGAAGUUCUCAAACCUGAACCAGAAUUCUGGUACUUUAAGAACGGCACUGUCCGUGCCCCGGGCGCCCCCAACUGCAAUGGUACGUCGGAUGCCUCGUGGCCCAACAACCGAUACGGUUUUGGCCGGGUAAACGUCGGCACGAUCUUGCGCGAUGGUAAGUUGAACGACACACCUACCAAGGUGCCCACCACCGUCGCCCCGACUCCCCAGCCCACGUCGGCCCCCACAACUACUCCUUGCCCCACCAGCAUCACCCCCAAGCCCACGUCGGCCCCUACUACUACUCCUUGCCCCACCAGCAUCACCCCCAAGCCCACCACGACCAUGGCGACGCCAGCACCUACCACCGUCAAGCCGAGUGUGUGCGAAAAGGCCGUGGACGGUAUCGACUACUUUGGCAACGACAUCAAGUCGACACAACGCCAAAACCACGAAGACUGCUGCGACGACUGCUCGAAGACUCUUGGCUGCGUCGCGUAUGUGUGGACUCCUUGGAACGACGGCACGUGUUUCUUGAAGUGGAAGGCGGGCGCGACUGCUCCUUACUGGGGAGCCAAGGCUGCCAAGGUCAAGAAUCCCGUCGGCUCGUGCGAGAAGCCUCAGCCCAACACGGACUACUACGGCAACGACAUUGCUCGCAUUCCUGCCGAUGCGGAAGACUGCUGCAGCUUGUGCUUGACCAAUGACAACUGCGCCGGGUACUCGCACUACCAUGGCAUUUGCUACCUCAAGUCCAAGCUGUCGUCCGCCACCGCGAAGGAUGGCGUCACCUCUGGUGUCCGUGUCCGCUAAAUCCAGCCACUUGCCCCACUCGUUGAAUUUGGUAGACAUCAGUGGUUUUGCAACAUGUUGAUUCUCCGAA